UAUGUUACCACUUUCAAUAGUAAACGAGAUAGUUCUCGGAAUAAAAGAUAUACAAGAAUGUCAUAAAAUCUGAUAUAUCACGCAUCUUAAGGGAAAAUAACAUAAAUGAAUCAUCACUUCAAACAGAUUUUCACAUUAAUGAAACAGAUAUUGCUCUCGAUUCCAUGAAAUCCCCCCAUCUUCGUAAAAAAUUAAUGAGCUAUGGAAAUAUAUUUCCAGUUGAAUAUAAAUUAAGUAGUGGAAAAUCUUUUCAAUAUAUUCCUAUAAUUGAUCAUUUAAAAGCAUUUUGUAAGAAUAGGGAAGUACUAAAAUACAUUUUAAUGCCUUAUGAAACUCAAAAUUCUCUUCUUUGUGAUAUUCAAGAUGACAGCAUAUUUAAACAAAAUAAUUUAUUUAAAGAAUAUCCAAAUAUUCAGAUAAUUUUGUACCUAGAUGAUUUCCUUGUAACUAAUCCUUUAAGGGGUAAUCAAGCUAGACACAAGUUAACUGCGUUUUAUUAUACUAUUGCCAAUUUGCCAUUUACUUUUAGAUCAACUGUUUGUGAUAUGCAAUUAGCCAUCAUUUGUAAAAGAUCAGAUAUUAAGGAGUAUGGAUUCAGACCCAUUUUGACACCUCUUUUAAAGGAUAUAAAACUUUUAGAAGACACAGGUAUAAAUAUUGCUGGUAUAUCAGGAAUAGUAAGGGGUUCUUUAGUGUCAAUUGUUGGAGACAAUUUGGCAUUGCAUGAAAUAGGGAGUUAUACAACAAAUUUUUCUAGCAGUACAGGUCGUUUAUGUGGAUUUUGUAUGGCCACAUAUAAUGCCAUGGAAAGUAAUUUUAAGGAAAAGUAUUUUACACGACGUACAAAACAAACUCAUGAAAGCCAAAUUAACCUCAUAAAUGUAGAUAAUAGCUACAUAAAUUUGUAUGGAUAUAAAUUUAACUCUCCUAUGAAUGAUUUAAGAUAUUUUCAUACUAGUACUAUGCUUCCACCUGAUGCUAUGCACGAUCUACUUGAGGGUAUUGUUCCAUUAGAAUUAGCUCUAAUAAUUAGUGGUUUAAUUAAAAGUAAAUUUAUUAGUCUUCCUUUAUUAAAUAGAAAUUUGGUUUUAAUGAUAAACCCUAUAGACCAUAUGACGUAAAAGUAAACUUUGCAAAAGGAAUUCAAAUGCCAGCUUCCCGUAUGUGGUCUCUUCUUAGAUUCUUACCUUUAAUGAUAGGUAUCUUUGUCCCGGAAAAUGAAAUUGUUUGGGAAUUUCUAUUAAUUUUGAAAGAUAUUGUAGAUAUUAUUUUGUCUCCAGUCAUAAAUACUGAUUAUGUGUCUUUGUUAAAGGAUCUAAUUUAUGAACAUCAUACUAUGUUUACACAAAUAUUUAAAGAAACUAAGUUAAAACCAAGACACCAUUUUUUAGUGCACUACCCAUGACUUAUUUUAGAAUUCGGCCUUCUUGUACAUUUAUGGUCUAUGAGAUUUGAAGCAAAGCAUUUGUAUUUUAAACGUGUUGCCCAGGCUUCUAAAAAUACCAAAAAUUUACCUCUUACAUUAGCACAAAGGCACCAACAGCUAUAAUAUUUUUAUAAUAGUCAAGAAAGGGUCUUAGGAAAAAAAUUUUAUAUUACCAAUGCAAAACCUCUCGAUAAAAAUAUUUAUUCUGCAAAAAUCACCGGCAUUUUAGAAGGCUAUGAACAGUUUUUCCGAACUUCAAAAGUCUCUAGUAUCAGGAAUAGCUUACAAACAAGGAAUGUGUGUAGUUUUAAGUUUUGAAAAAGAAGAACCUAUAUUUGGAAAAAUUAUUAUUAUUUUGUGCAAAGGCACCAAAGUUUUAUUUUUGUGUAAUCUCUAUAAAUCUUGUUAUGUUUUUCACAUAAGAGGUUAUCAACUAAAGAAAUGUAAUGUAAUUAAAAUAAUAGCACCAGAAAAUCUUUUAGAUUCCUCUGUCGGAAUAUAGAUAUGGGAAUGACAGUGUUGUCAUUCCCAAACAUCUUUUAUUUGAUCAUUAGUACAUUUUUAAAUCUGAAUCAUAAAAUUCGUAUCUGAAGUCCUUAGUUUGAGGAAUAACAGGAAUAUAGUUAGAAUCUUAUACUGCUUAGCUGAAAAAACCUUUUGACUGUGUUUCUUUUAUGCUGUUACUGUGUACACCCUCAGCUCAAAAAACAUCAGUUUUUUCUUAUUUACAGAUUUCUAGUUUAAUAAAUUUUUGCUCAAGUUAUGCAUUUUACUUCAUCUAUCUUAUCUUAUUGGUAACCGGAUAUAUGAAAAUUACAUAAAUCGUAAAGAUAUAUAAACAUUGAUUAUUCUUAAAUACUCACCACUAUUUAUUAAUUUGUAAAGAAAUGACAGUAAUUUUUUCCCAACUGAGGGAAUUUUUAAUCUUUUUAUAAAUUAGUAAAAUUUGUUUUCGAAAAAGUAAUUUAGUUAAAUUGUAAUU